AAUAUGGUUGUUGAUCUAAUAUAAUAAAAAUUAUUUGCAAAAUGUAUGAGCGAAUACAUGAGACAAUGCCAACAACUAUAAACGGUCGUGCCAACCACUCGGCUUGUUGCAUAUAAAAGACAGCUUAUGAUUAAGACAUCAUAACAUACAAAAACAGGUACAUUUUCAUCAAGUUCUUGUUUUCUUCCUUUGUAGUUUGCAUCGUCAAUUAUCCAAGAAGAGAGUUCUUCUAGUUUUUCAUUAAUUGUUAUUGUGUUUCAAGAAGAACACUAGAAGAAGAUUGCAUAAUGGGUUCCGAGAAAUGGGAGCAAACAGUGAUGAAGUUCUUUAUGAAUCCAGUUCUAAGGGUGCCAUUUUAUAUUUUCACAUUAACCCUUUUAAGUCUUCUUCUUCCUCUCUCAUUUCUAUUACUAGCUAGAUUGUCUUAUGUAAAGUACCCUUCACUACCAUCUUCUUUCCUUCUCUCCCUCUUUCUCAAUAUCAAUCCUGCUCUACUACAAGCUCUUCUAUCAUUUUUCAGCGUUACAGCUCUUAUUCACGGUUUAACGGGCAAAUUCACACUUUUAUAUGGAUCACCUCUUCAACCUCGUCUUCAUAUUGCGUGGAUUUUCCUUUGUGUUUUACAAGUAACUGUUGGGUUGGGGAUUGAAGCUAUUGUCGUCUCCGGUGUUUGGCCUGAUGAUUAUGGUGCUGACAAAAGGAGUUUGUUGAUAAGUAGGAUUGUUUUCUUUAUUGGUUUGCAUGAAACUAUGCUUUAUUGGGGAAAAACUGUCGUAAGACCUGUUGUGGAUGAUACGAUUUUUGGGGGUGCAAGGAGCGAAAAAUGGAUUGAAAAGGUGGCAAUAAGCGCGGGCUUUGGUGCGUUGUGGCUGUGGAGAUUAAGAGACGAGGUUGAAACGUUAGUUCUUGUCGUAGAAAUUAAAAGAGAGCUCUUAAUUGGUUUGGGAAUAUCUGAUUUUAUUAGUUGGUGGUUGUAUUAUCUUACUGUUACAAUUGGUAUGUUGAGGGUUGUCAAGGGUUUCAUUUGGUUCGCCGAAGGUUUGUUCUGUAGAAGAAGACCACAGCAGAGCGAUAAUUGUCCUUGUGAGGAUGACAGUAAGGUCUAACAUCAACCCUUGUUGCCCUCCUUUUUCUUUUCCUUUGUAAUUGUAAUUCAGUUUUCCUAUACUUUAGUUUGAUGAAGAAUUUGUAUCCACAACAACUGUAAUUUCCAAUUAAUAUAUCAAGGAACUGCCUGCUCUUAAUAUACAA